ACUUGCUGCUUGUGUGUUGCCGUGAGAUUGCGGCCCCGCGGUGCGUGUUGUUGUUGUUGUUGUUGCAAACGUCUCUCGACUCUCCUCCCAUCCGGGGCGCUUUCCUCCAUUGGCUGCCUUCCUCUCCGCGCUGACCUCCAAAUCAUAUAAACCUGGGGGCCUCACACCUUCCUCAGGGUCACAUUUCUUCGGGCAAAUCAGAGCAGCAGCCUCUUCGGGGGGAGGGAACCGUCGCCGAGGAAAAGAAAAGCCCGAGCGGAUCCCGGCCGGCACGGCACGUCGUGCCGCUCUCGUCCGUCUGGAAUUAUAAAGUUGUUUUGGCAUUUUUUUUUUUCUUCCCCGGGCUCUUUCGUUUCGGUCGCUUCCGGGAUGACGACGAUGCGCGAGUCGGCGGCUGCGUUCGGUCUGACUCGUUAAUGCAUCCGAAGGAAUACGCGUCGAAGCACUGAAUGAGCCGAACCCCGCGCGCAACGCACGUCUUGGAGCAGCACCGGAGAGAGACCGAGGGCGACGGACGAGACGCCGGCGAGCACAGUUCUCCUCCCGCUCGCCAUGAACCUCAUCGGGGGCUACCAGCAUCACCACCACCUGAUGCACGAGCCCUUCCCGUUCGUCCAGCGGUGUCACCAGGAUGCGCCGUACUUCCAGAGCUGGGUGGUGAACCACGGCGAGGUGCCUCCGGACUUCCAGAUCCAGGCGCCGUACCCGGCCGCGGAGCACGGGGCGCCCGGGGCGGCGCACGACGGCCGGCUGGAGGGGCUCCAGGCGGGGAUGGGGAAGAGGAGGACGUCGGGGCCGAAGAAGGAGCGCCGGCGGACGGAGAGCAUCAACACGGCCUUCGCCGAGCUCAGGGAGUGUAUCCCCAACGUGCCGGCGGACACGAAACUGUCUAAAAUCAAAACGUUGCGCCUGGCGACCAGUUACAUCGCCUACCUGAUGGACGUCCUGGCCAAGGACACCGGGGAGACGGAGGGCUUCAAGGCCGAAAUUAAGAAAUUCGAAAACCGGGAUAUGAAAAGAAAACGGGAGCCGACCGACGGCCUGCAGGAGUCUUUAGGAGCCGAGAAGAAGGCGAAGGGCCGGACCGGGUGGCCGCAGCAGGUCUGGGCUCUGGAGCUCAACCAGUGACCUCCCCCCCCCU